AGAAAUAUACUUGCUUCUGGUUCAGCAGAUAAAACUGUGAAAAUUUGGGAUCUUUCCACUUAAUAAAAUAUGCAUACUUAUAAUAAUCAUAAAGGUGAAGUAUAAGUUGUUUAAUGGAAUAAAAAAGAAGAAACUAUUUUACUUACUGGUGGUUAUGAUAAACAACUAUUUAUGUUUGAUGCUCGAACCCCUGAAAAUGCACUUAGUACAAAAAUUUCUGAUCUUAUCGAAUCUGCCGUAUGGGAUCCCAUAAACUCUAAUUAAAUAGUUCACGCAACGUAAGAUGGGUAUGUAUCAUGCAUUGAUGCAAGAAAAUUUAAUUUAGAAUAUAUUUAUCGUUUCAAAGCACAUAGCAAAACUACUACUUCUGUUUCAGCUUCAUGGGCUGUUCCUGGACUUUUAGCAACAACUUCUGUAAGAUCAUUAUGUAAAAAUUUGGGAUACCAAUACUAUUUCAAAUAAAUAGCCUUUAUUAGUCUGUUAAAAAAAUCCUAAUGCUGGUAAACUUUUUUGUGGAUCUUUUUACGAAGAUUCUCCUUGGAUUUUCGCCUGUGGAAACUCAAAAGGUGAAAUAUUUGUUUGUGAUAUUACUGAGGAUAAAUUUAUUGUUUAAAAAUUCGGUGAUAGAGUUGAUUAGAAAUAUAAGCCUGAUAUUAAUUUAGUAUUUUAUUUAUAUUUUUUUAUUUACUUAUUUAUCUUAGUGUACCUAAAACGGACAAAAAAAUCUAUUUACAAAAGAAAAAGAAAGUAGUGAUGAUGAUAUUGAAGAAGAGUAAAAUAUGUAAGAAGAAUAAAAAUGAUACAUACAUAUUAUUUUUA